AUGUAUACAAUUUCAAUCACUGACACCGAGACAGACAGGUAUACAAUCACUGACACUGAGAUAGACUUAUAUACACUUACUGAUACCGAGACAGACUGGUAUACAAUAACUAACCCCGAGACAGACAGGUUUACAAUCACUGUCAACGACACAGAGUGGUAUACAAUCACUAACAUUGCAACAAACGUGUAUACAAUCAUUGACACCGAUGCAGACUGGUAUACAACCAAUGACCCCGCGACAGACAGUAAUACAAUCACUGACAUUGAGACAGUCCGGUAUACAAUCACAGACACCGAGACAUACCGGUAUACAAUCACUGACACUGAGACAGACAGGUUUACAAUCACUUACACCGUGAUAAACAGAUAUGCAAUCACUGACGUCGAGACAGACUGGUAUACAAUCACUGACACCGAGACAGUCUUGUAUACAAUCACUGACACCGAGACAGACUGGUAUACAAUCACUGACACCGAGACAGACUGGUAUACAAUCAAUGACACCGAGACAGUCUGGUAUACAAUCACUUACACUGAGUCAGACUGGUAUACAAUCACUGAGACCAAGACAGACUGGUAUACAAUCACUGACACCGAGACAGUCUUGUAUACAAUCAAUGACACCGAGACAGACUGGUAUACAAUCACUGACACCGAGACAGUCUUGUAUACAAUCAAUGACACCGAGACAGACAGGUAUACAAUCACUGAGUCCGAGACCGUCUGGUAUACAAUCACUGAGACCAAGACAGACUGGUAUACAAUCACUGACACCGAGACAGUCUUAUAUACAAUCAAUGACACCGAGACAGACUGGUAUACAAUCACUGACACCGAGACAGUCUUGUAUACAAUCAAUGACACCGAGACAGUCUGGUAUACAAUCACUGACACUGAGCCAGACAGGUAUACAAUCACUGAGACCAAGACAGACAAGUAUACAAUAAUUGACACCGGGACAGACAGGUAUACAAUCACUGACACCGAGACAGACUGGUAUGGAAUUACUGACAUAGAGACGGCAGGUGUACAAUCACUGACACUGAGACAGACAGGUAUACAAUCACUGAGCCCGAGACCGUCUGGUAUACAAUCACUGAAUACCGAGACUGAUUGA